AUGCCGGGCAGAGAACUCUCUACUGCUGCUCCAAUCCAUGGUAAGCAACAGGAGUUUGUUGGGGAGGAGGACAUGGCCAGAGCAGUUGAAGAAGCACAUAAGGGUGUUGAAGGGGAAGGGCUUCAGGUAUUGAUGGAGGUAGUUUUUCGUUACAAUGAGGCUGUCGUGAGGGGUCACUUCAUAUAUCCGGAGAAGAAUGCCGAACCUAAUGCUCAUGCAGAAGUAGACGCAACACUGAGUGAGUUCUGCAGAGGGCUGAAUCAAAUUGAACUCCCAGAUUGUGAAAUAUCCGCCUCCCGCGAGCCUUGUCCCAUGUGCUUCAGCACUGUCCAGCUCGUGAUUAAGAGGCCGGUCCCUGGAGUGAAGACCAAAGCAACCACAGCAACCGCCCUUCGGGAUUUCAUUCUGAACGCGCUAAAGGCUACCGCAGCUGCUCUGGACAAGUUUUCAAAGGACGAAGGCGAAAUUUCCGGGCAUGAUCUAGUGCAAGGCUCACACGGGUAG